CGUUUGCUUCUCUGGCGGUUCCAGAAGAGUCGUCCGCUGAGCGAACAAGUCGCCACGACGCUCACCAGCCAGCUGCAGUGGACAUGUUAAUGCGGCAAUUCGCAGCCGCCACUGCGAGUCUCAGGCCUCAUGCGGCAGCAUUCGUGGGCUCAGGUAUCAUACAAUUGAGUGCGCAAGCGAUUUUGAGUGAUGAGGACCGUAGUCUUAAAAACACUGCUGUCUAAGGAGAGGACAGCACCUCUCAAGCUCACGAUACCAGAGAGCUGGGGAGGCGCGCCGUGCUCGAAACUCAUCAAAGCGUGGUCCAAACGGAAGCAAUGCAGCGGCGAGCUGUACCUCGCGUCCAACGACGGUACGCCCAUUCCCGAGGACUGGCCGUGGGAGGCGGCCGUCGAGCUCUACGGCAGCACGCUGCGCGUCGGCGAGCGGCGUGACGCCGACGACGACGACCCGGCCAAGCGGCGCGACGACGACGCGGCCACGAACGCCCGCGCUGCGAGUCUGCUGCGGCGCGGCGCCUUCGACGAGGCCGACCGCGCGUUCCGCCGCGUGCUCGAAGGCGGCGCCGCGGCGUUGGGUGAUGCGUCCGGAGCGGCUGGAGACGCGGCGACGGUCGCGAGUGAAGGUCUUGACGCGACGACCGCGUGUGCGGCGGACGUCGCAACGGCGCGGCGCGAGCUCCUGCGCGCGGACGGCACCGACGAUGGCGCAGAAGUCACGCGGCGGCUCGAGCGGGCCCUCGCCGCCGCGCGCGUCGCGAAGCAGACCGCGCCCGAGUCGGCCGAAAUUAAAAAACUCGAGGCCGCCGCGCUGUGUCGCCUGAAGCGCUGGCCCGAGGCGGCCACGGCGCUCGGUGGGGACGAGGUGGACGCGCCGAAGGGAGCCGUUCCGAACACGAUCGACCGCCGCGACGCCCUGGAUCUCCUGAAGGCGCUCUGCUACGGCGGCGACGCCGCGCGAGCGGCCCGCGUCGCGUCGGCGUGGGCGGCGCGGUUCGCCCGGUCGCGGGAUUGGUGCGCGAGCCAGGCGCGGCGGUUCGGCUCCGUCGCCGAGCUCAAGGACAAGGGCGACGCCGCCUUCCGCGCGGGCGACGCCCGGGCCGCGGAGCGCUGGUACGCCGCGGCGCUCGACGAGGACCCG